AUGGGAAACAGCCCGUCCAAAAAUGAACUUAAUGCAGCAAUAACAACUAACUCCCACGCCAACAGCAACAGCUCCAAUGGUGUCGCAGGAGACGAACUAAACGGGGAACUAGACGAGAAGUCUGCGGCGGCGGCGACGUCGCUGUCUACUAAUCUUAAUCAUAAACACAAACAGAGGUCGCACAAUAUCAACGUCAACGCCCUCCCCCAGCCUACCAAGACUUCACGUUCUUCGCCGCUAACAGGAGUAUCCCCUUAUGACUUGGAGAUCUCCGCCCAGAUGGCAAGAUGUCUGUCUAAUUUUACCAACAACUCUGAUGACCUUCUUUUCUCUUCUUCUUUAGGAUCGGAGUGUUCGUUGUCUUCGUCCACUACACCUCCUACCUCCAACGCUACUGGCAAGGUUUCGCAAGAAAAUCAAAGUCGAAUGUCGCUGGACCCGAUAUUCGAAAUUUCACAAGAGUCUACACCAACACCCGCCACACCCACUUUACCCACUGCUUUCCCUUUGAAAGAGGAACAUCUUAUUUCCAAGAGAGGUCGUAAGGAGUCUACGCUGUCGUCGGGAUCUUCUCAAGGUGAUCCACUCGACGUAGACAUCGAUGAGGUAAUAAAUAACCUUAUUGAAGCCGGUCUUUCUCGGUCAUUCUCCAAGAAAAUAUGUGUUUCAAACCAUGAUAUGAAGAUUAUCUGUGCAAAGGCACGAGAGGUGUUCUUGAGCCAACCUACUCUCUUAGAGCUCGCCGCUCCUGUCAAGAUUGUAGGUGACAUUCAUGGUCAGUUCUACGAUCUGCUGAGAAUUUUCAAGUUAUGCGGUUCUCCUCCUUCGUCCAAUUUCCUUUUCUUGGGUGAUUACGUCGAUAGAGGAAAGCAAUCCCUGGAAACCAUGAUACUUCUACUAUGCUUCAAAAUCAAGUACCCUGAAAACUUUUUCCUACUACGUGGGAACCAUGAGUGUGCUAACAUCACCAAGCAAUAUGGAUUUUAUGAUGAAUGCAAAAGACGGACUUCCUCCUCCAAAAUAUGGAAGGCUUUCGUUGAUGUGUUCAACACGCUUCCCAUUGCAGCAACUAUCGGAAACAAAAUAUUUUGUGUUCAUGGAGGACUUUCUCCUCAUUUGACCAAUUUAGCUCAAAUCAACUCUAUCCAGCGUCCCACAGACGUUCCAGAAUCUGGUAUACUUAGUGAUCUUUUAUGGUCCGACCCAGAUGCGGACAUUUUAGCCUGGAAAGAGAAUGACCGAGGAGUUUCCUAUUGUUUUGGAAAGAGAGUGAUCAACAAGUUCUGUAAGCAUUUUCAAUUCGAUCUCAUCGUUAGAGCACACAUGGUGGUGGAAGAUGGAUACGAGUUUUUUAAUAACAGAAAGUUGGUGACAGUUUUCAGUGCACCUAACUAUUGUGGCGAAUUUGAUAACUACGGUGCCGUAAUGAGUGUGGACAAAGGACUCAUGUGCUCCUUUGAUCUUCUAAAACCGGACAAAUAA